CAUAAAAUGUACUCUUAUCUCAGAGUAUCAAUCAUGCUUCUCUUUUGGCUCCAUUUCCAUCUCCAUCUCUCUCUUUCUCUCUCCUCAAAAAAAUGGCGUCACUCUCUCUCUCCAUCCUCUCAACUCUCCCUUCACUUUCUCUUUCUUCUUCCGCCAUUGUUAAUAACUCUGCUACUUCCACCAGAUAUUCAUAUUCUCCUCUCCAAAGUACAAUUCGCUGUAAUAGUACUACUAAUAAAGUGGAACCAGAUGAGGAUGGAUUUCGACGAAGGGAUUUCCUUAACUGCGUUACAUUGUCGGCUGGACUCGAAGUAAUAGCUAGUUCUGGAACAUUUUGUGGAGAUGCCUAUGCCGCUGAUCUAAUUCAGAGAAGACAGCGCUCUGAGUUCCAAUCUGAUAUUAAAGGGAUGCUUUACAAAGCCCUAAAGGAAAAUCCAGACCUUGUUCCAUCCAUUCUAACUCUUUCUCUGAAUGAUAUAAUGACCUACGACAAGGCUACGAAAUCUGGAGGUCCAAAUGGUUCAAUCCGCUUCAGCUCAGAGAUAAGCAGACCUGAAAACAAAGGGCUUUCAGGUGCUUUGGAUCUUUUGGUGGAAGCAAAAAAAGAAAUUGAUUCAUACUCCAAGGGUGGGCCAAUUGCUUUUGCCGACCUCAUCCAAUUUGCAGCACAGGCAGCUAUGAAGAGUACUUUCUUGGCAUCUGCUAUCCGUAAAUGUGGUGGGAAUGAAGAGAAAGGAGCUCUAUUAUAUUCUGCGUAUGGCUCUAGUGGACAGUGGAGCCUUUUUGACAAGCAAUUUGGGAGGACAGAUGCCGAUGAACCGGAUCCAGAAGGGAGAGUUCCCCUAUGGGAUAAAGCUAGUGUCCAGGAAAUGAAGGAUAAGUUCAAAUAUGUGGGAUUUGGCCCUCGCCAGCUGGCUGUCAUGUCUGCAUUUCUUGGCCCUGAUCAACAAGCAACUGAAGAUUUGUUGGCUAAAGAUCCUGAAGUUGCUCCAUGGGUUGAUAAAUACCAGCGUAGCCGAGAAACAGUUUCUCAGACCGACUAUGAGGUUGACUUGAUAACGACUCUUACAAAGCUAAGCUGCUUGGGGCAAAAAUUUAAUUAUGAAGCAUAUACAUAUCCCGUCAAAAAGAUUGAGUUGAGCAAACUCAAGUUAUAAAAAAUGUGGGAAAAAAAGGAACUGCAAGUUACUUUUCUGGCUAAAUGUCUAAUCACAAAAGAGAGAUUUGACAUAAACGGGAAGACCUCUGCAACAACCUCUUAGUAAGUUCUUGUAUGCUAGAUGUUUACAUAUGUGCUUAACCUUGUAAACCUGCAUUUAUUCCCAUUUUUAGCAGUUGCUAUCUACAGCUGUACUAUUAUCAUAUAAAACACUAUUUGUGAUUAUUAAAAUAUAAUCUCUUAGAAGGUGGUGGUUACUUGUGCAGCAUCCGAUUCAA